ACUUCAUCUCCAGACUCGUCGCUUUCAUGCCUAGUGCAUUCUUCUACCACAUCCUGGAGCGAAUGUCUUGUUUUCAUCAUCCAUUUCACCAUAUUUCAAUCUCCAAAAGUGUCAACAGUUCCAAAACUUUACUUUUCAGCUUUUACUCACAGAUGCAUCAAAACACUUGGUAAUGGCAAGCCAGCUUUAUGCACAGACUUUAUAGAUGCAUUCUUGAAACUUCCCUCUAAAGCCGCAUAUCAAUGUUGUCAGAAUUUCAUUGGCUAUACGAUGAGCCAGUCAUCCACACAUUCUGCUGCAAUUGGCUUGAUCUUUACACAAAGGAAAAGGGGGAGGCACUUACAUUCGACACAGGCUCUGGUUGGCUAUUGAAGGCUAUGGACAGGACAUGGAAGCUCCUAUUGGGUCAAAAGAGGUGUCAAUCAAAAUGUCAGCGUGCAGCAUCAAUUUUGAUACAGGAUAUAGGAAAUGUUUACAUCUGAACUGAAGUUAUGACCGAGAAUAUGUGAAAGAUUAGGCACAGCUGCCGGGUACUUUGAAAUGACACAACAAGAGUCCGUGGGUAUUUAUUGAUGUAAUAAUGUGAUUUGGACUAAAAAUUUUACUUGAUUGGAUCGUUUGGAUGUUUGCCAAUGUAACAAGACUGUUUUUGUCAGGAUGUUAUGGAUCAGCGGACUACUCUGAUGCUUCAUAGGGGAGUUGCCUCAAUUUUGUUAUUGUUUGUUCAGUGGUCUGACAAAGAUGUUUAUUGUCUGCUGUUGUGAUUGUAUCUUAAAAGGGUGUAUAUCAAUAGAAUCACAAGACUUUUAGCUUUCCAACGAUAUGUGGCAUGUGUACCAAUGUACACACGGCAGUUGUGUACAUUGCAUAUUGUGUUUGUAGCAUUCAGAUAUAUUUGCAUUAAAGGCUUUAAAAACGUAUGAAUGAGAUGAAAAAUAAUGUUUAAAAAUCUAACUAUUUAGAAAUACUUAAAAUAUGUUUCUCGUAUUGGUCUACUUUUGGUCAGUUUUACAUUGACACUGUUGUUUUGAAACUCCUGUGUUUUUAUAUACAGUCUAUAUAUAUUUAUAUUUAUGUGUGCGUGUGUGUGUGUGUGUGUGUGUAUUAUACUAUUAUUAAAUAGUAAAACAUUUAUGUCUGUAUAUCUUCACUUUCACGUGUUAUUUUAAUGCUCUUUGAUUAAACCCAUGAGCUCUUAUUUCUCAUGAAGUAAAAGCUUUAAGAUUUCAUUUAAUAAUUUUAUCACUCCAAAGAAAUAUAGUAGGUGUCAGUAAAACUGCAUCAAUGAACCCGCUAAUGCCGAGUUUACACUACACGAUUGUAGGCCACAUUUUCACUCGCCGACAGUUUUGUGGCAAUCGCCAACAAAAGCCGAAAUCAGAGCUCGAUCCCAUGAGCGACGAACGCAAUGAAUGAAUUAUCAAAGACACGAUCUGAGAGAAGCGCCGACUCCUCGCUGAUGUCAGCGAGAUAUCUAGAAUUUUAAAUAUCUGGACCGUCUGCGAUUCCAAAUCGCGCAAUGGGAAAUGUGUUUUGACUGAAUACAACUGCAGCGUUGACCUACAGCCAAUGAGAGAGGAGCUGCCGGUUGACAUCCGCGGUGCGGCUCAGUGGUGCUUCGAGUUCAACUAAUUGAAACACAAAGGUGCCGUUGAUGACAUUUAGCCUAUAUUUUUGCUUAAAAUGAACUUAUUUGGGCAUUAAAUGUGUUUGGACUUUAAAGUGCACAAUAAUCGUGGUUUUCUCAAAUAACCACAGUUAGAUCAAAUAACCGCGAUUAGAAGAUUAUUUAAUAAUCGCGAGUCAUGACAGGUCUAAUAUAGAUAGAUAGAUGGAUAGAUAGAUAGAUAGAUAUGCAUAUAUAGAUACUGUAUACAAAGUUAUUUUAAUCCUGUGGGAAUUGAUAUAAGGGUAAAUAUCACCUAAUCUCCUAAAACAUUUGUUGUGUGUAGCAAUGCAGUAUGAAAACAUCCAACACUCUUAAAAAAAAGGGUUCCUCUGGGUUCUAUAUAGAACCCUGGGGUUCCGUACUUGGCCAAUAGAACCUUUUACCAAAAAAAUGGUUCUAUGUAGAACCCUUGAGAGCAAAGAACCUUUUUAUUAAAAUGGUUAUAAUUCAUGUUUUAUGACUGAAGUGUAAACUAAAGAUUACACAAUAAUUAUAGGCCUACACAACACAUUCACAACACUUUUUGAGUCAAGACCCAUGAAAAUGACUGCUGUAGUCAAAAACAAGAGUCAAAAAAUAUGAAUAUCUAGUCAAUGUAUGAUUUGAGAUUUGCCUUUAAAUAAAAAAUAAAAUGACCAGGUGUUUUCUUUAUUUUGUAUUCCAUAUUGUGAUGGCUUUAAUCAUAGGUUUUAAUCUGUCGAAGGUAACAUUAAAAAAAUAAUUAUCGUAAAAAUGCCCUCUGGUGGCGUAUAUGCGUUGCAUCAUCCUUGAAUUCCUAUUGGUGGAUUGGCGAAGAUGAACCUCCGAGAGACAAGUUGACUGACAGUUUGGCUAAUUUUUCAAACUGAGGAGUCCGCCAUUUCUUCCCGUUUAUACCCUCAGGUAAGUUACGUUUUUACAUUUUUAAAAUAAUUUUAAUGAAAUAUUUAGUAUUGUAGUUAACAGUUAUAUUGGUUAGACUAGCCCUUGUGUUACAUACUGAUACUAGAAGCAAAAAGGAUAAUAUUUACCUCAGACACUGCUGUGUAACGUUAGCAGUGACGGGCUUCAUCAGCCGUCGGUUCACAAAGCCCUGUUAAAUUGUUUUUCCUCCGGUUUUAAAUUAUAUAAGUUACAGUCUCCCUUUAUUUCCUUGUUAAUGUUAAUUAAAUUGUCAGUAACAAUAAGACAGCUGUGUUAUAAGGAGACGAGCUUCGAGACAGAAGCGUGAAUUUUAAUUUCAAAUGCUCGUUGUUCGUUAACGGUACAUUAACGAUAAGCGCCAAUUCAAAUAUAAGCGAACCGGGUGGAAGACGGAGGUGUAUGAUAUGUGAAUGUUUGUCGCAGUUUCACACAUACUCAGGCCUGUGUUAACAGGUGUAACGUUAGAAGUUCUUAAAGGUGCCCUAGAAUUUGAAAUUGAAUUUAUCUUGGCAUAGUUAAAUAACAAGAGUUCAGUACAUGGAUGUGACAUACAGUGAGUCUCAAACACAAUUGUUUUCUCCUUCUUAUUUAAAUCUCGUUUUUGAAAACCCCCCCUGAAAAAUAGGCGAAUCUCCACAUAACACCGACUGUGACGCAACAGUCGGGAUCAUUAAUAUGUAUGCUAACCAAGCUUAAAAUCCUUAUCUUAUCUUAAUUUAUAUUUUUAUUUUUCUUCAAACAGCCUGGAAACUGAAGUGCCUCAAAUAUCUUGUACUCCGUAUGUAUCAUUGUUUUAAAGUUUAAACAGACUGUAUUGUGGCAAGUAAAAUGAAUAUCCUGUAUAAAAGACUUCAACGUUGUAUUCAUGUUUACAGACAAGAACCCUGUGAGAAUGAGGGCUCAUUUGUUGCCCAACCUUGGCCAGCAGUAUACAACCUGCCUGUCUUUCCCCCUGAAUUGCAAGCAGCUUUGCAGAGGAAGGAUCCCGGCUUUAAGAAGAAGGACAAGUCUCACAUCCGUGCAUUACUGAUUCAAGUGUUGUUUGACAGCAUCACUAAGCACACCUGGUACCCAAAUCAUAAAAUAUAUGGAGAUGUUCUGGGGAGUUUGAUCACCCGCUUUCCAUUUUUGAAGGAUGGCAGCUCCUCUGGUUAUGAUACCUUGUUGGAAUGCCUUAAAAACAAAUUAAAAAAAGAAAGGAUUCCCUUGGUUAGCUCAUCAAUCAUCCUGCAAAUGAAGGAGAAGUAUGGGAUCAAAAGGAAGUGUGCUGGACAAACAUAUUCUGAGGGACUUAGUCAACAACAAGAGAUUGUGUUGGACCUGGAAGUAAUGGGUGAGGAGGAGACAAGUUUCCAGGAACACAUUAAUGCCAUCACCCUGGAGUUGCGUAAAAGCAACCCCAGUUACUCUGAGGUCAAGAACCAGAUGAAGCGCACUCUUUUCAAAAGAGUACAGAUUAUGGACAGGCCUGCAGCUGAAGUAAUAGAGCAGUUUCCUUUUCUUGGGGUGCCACAGCUUAUGCUGCAUGAAAUGACAAUGAGGUUUGGAACAGACUUGGCGAAGAACAUGGAAACAUCUCUAAAUGAAAUGGCCCCAAACAUCAUCAGGAGUGCAAAAGAAGAAAGUCAAAAAAACCUCUACGCAAAUCUCAUUGGACCAGCAGAGGAAACCACAGAGGGUCUCGUUAGGAAUGCUGCACUCAUUUUAUUGCCAGCACUAUUUAAAGAAAAUGCCACUUUCCUCUACUGUGUGGAUAGUGAACCCAAAGGUCCUACAUCCACCAUUGUGUUUAACGGCUCUCCUGAUCCCCUCAAGGCUGAAAGUGUCAGCAUUAUAAUGGACAACGUGACCAUUAUAAGAGAGGCAGACAUCGACAUGACACAGGCUGUGGAAUGCCUGUUUGCUGUCUAUUUUCUUUUCAAUGUGCAAUACCCGGUUCACAUUAAGCACACAAUGACUUUUAUUCAAAAAUACAUGCUUAAACUUAGGCAAGAGCAUGUUAAAAGAACACCAAUACCUGUACUAAAAAUGUACAGUCAACUUCUGUAAAUUGUAGUGAUAUUUAAUACAUAUUAAUUGUUCAUGUAUUGUUUUUUAUCUGCAUUGUCAAAUAUCAGAAAAUAUUUUUUUUUUCUUGUACAGUACUUCACUUUUACAUGUAUCUCUGAAAUAUGUACAUACAGUACAUAAACAAUCUUAUUUAUAUUUAUUGCAAAGCGAAAAUGCUUAAAUUAAAUAAUUCACACUAAAUGGUUGAAUGUAAUAAAACAUCUUAAAUGUAAAAAGGUUUUGCUGUCUAAUACAGUAUACA